UCUCCUGAAUAGGAGACGUUUCUUAAUUUGGUGCAGCCACCAAAACCAAAACGUUGAAGUCGCCGAUACGAUUUUCAUGGCUACUACACGACUCAGAUGCCUCCACGCGUCGACGUCCUCCUCCGCCGUUUCCACCGGAUUCCGUUCGCCGGCGAUACACCAGCUCUCUUUCAGUCGCGCACAUUUGCUUUCCUUCCGAUCGGCGACUGUGAACAUGUGCGUGAGACGGUCCCGCUUCCCAGUUACUCGGAGAACCGCUUCUCCGACGAGAUGUUACGCUCUCACCAUCCUAGACUACCUCGAACAGAGAGGGAUCCCCGUAAACGCGACGACUUUCUCCGCGCUUUUAACCGCCUGUGUUCGCCGGAAGUCGCUCGUUCACGGCAAGCAGGUCCACGUUCACAUACAGAUAACGGGUUAGAGAAAAUCUAGUUCCUUGGGACGAAGCUUGUUCAUAUGUACACUGCUUGCGGUUCAAUUGAGGAUGCGCAGAAGGUGUUCGACGAAAGUUCUAGCUCGAAUGUUUAUUCUUGGAACGCGCUGCUUAGAGGGACGGUGAUAUCUGGGAAGAGGAGGUAUAAGGAUGUUGUUUCUACGUUUGCGGAGAUGAGAGAGCAAGGGGUUGAUUUGAAUGUUUAUAGUUUGUCUAACGUGUUUAAGAGCUUUGCUGGCGCGUCUGCUUUGAGGCAGGGGUUGAAGACGCAUGCUCUUGCGGUUAAGAACGGUUUGUUUAGUAGUUGGUCGGAUGACACUUGGAGGAUUGCUAGCUUUGGGCUACAAUGUUGUAGUGAGUUAUAAGCUAGCUUCAACUGCUGAUAUGAAGUUGUAGCUUCUUCUGUUUGUUUCUGAGUUUUAGAUAGAUUAAAAUGGAAGUUAGUGUAAAUAAAACUGUGCCCUUUAGAUGUUUUUUUCAUACUGAGAAGCUGUCUCAUAGGAAAGCUACAAUUAUUGGUUAUAUCUCUCUGUGUUUGUGGUUUUAAGUUGGUUCUGUCUCUUCAUAUUGAGAGGCUGUCCCAUAUAUGAUCCAUUGUAUGUGUCUCUGUGUUUGUGGUUACUCUCUCCCAUCUCUGAGUUUAGUAUUGUUGUUGUGUUGUUCUAUAUCUAUAUAUAUAUGUGUUUAUUCAGCUUGGUCAUUUUAUAGACAAAGUCAUUCACUCAUCAAACAAGUUCCUUCUUCUCUCAUUCUCA